AGUUUCUCGAAGUCAGCAAAAUGGCACAGUCCACCAUCUCAGUGGACCAGGAUGAGUACAGCUGUCCGAUCUGCCUGGAUGUACUGAAGGAUCCAGUGACCAUUCUCUGUGGGCAUAGUUACUGCAUGAGCUGUAUUAAGAAUUGCUGGGACAAGAACGAUCCUGUCGGAGACUACAGCUGCCCCCAGUGCCAACGGACCUUCCGCCCCAGACCCCCGCUGUUCAAGAACGUCAUGCUGGCGGAUAUGAUCGACAAGAUGAAACGGACAGGACCCGGGAUCGUGGCGUGUGAUGUUUGCCCCGGGGCCGCUCAGAGAGCUGCCAAAUCCUGCCUGGCGUGUGUGGCGUCCUACUGCGAGACCCACCUCCGCCCACACCACGAAUCCCCCGCUCUGCAGAAGCACAAGCUGAUCGACGCCACAGGGAAGCUGCAGGAGAUGGUUUGCCCUCUGCACGGGAAGCUGCUGGAGGUGUACUGCCGCACUGACCGGCGCUGCGUCUGCCUGCUCUGUGUGAUGGACGAGCACAAGCAUCACGACACCGUCUCCGCCGUGACGGAGUGGACCGAGAAGCAGAAAGAGGUGGCUGCAGAGCAAAGGAUAUCUCAGCAGAAGAUCCAGCAAAGAGAGAAGGAACUGCAGAAUGUGAGACAAGCAGUGGAAUCACUUUCACGUACAGCACAGACAGCAGUGGGCGACAGCGAAAAGGCCUUUAGCGAUCUAGUCUGCCUUUUUAAGAGACGGUGCUCCAAGGUGAAAGAGCUUAUUAGAGAUCAGGAGAGGGCUGUCACCUGUUGGGCUGGAGGCCUCCUGGAGGGACUGGAGCAGGAGAUAACUGACCUGAGGAUGAGAGAUGCUGAGCUGGAGCGACUGUCACACACAGAGGAUCACAUCCACUUUCUCCAGUCUGUGAGCAGAGCCGUCUCCGAGCUGAAGAAGCGGGUGGAGAAAGUGUGCGAAGAGGAGUUCAUCAGGAUCUUAAAAGAAGUGGAGCUGAAGGAGCCUCUGACUGAAGCCCCUCCCCAAGGAGAGAAGCAGGUACUCAAAUCCAGGGAAACAGGAAGUUCUCAUGUAUCUCCUAUGAAUACAAUCAAUUUUCCCCAGAUCCCAGAGCACAGGACCAGAGCAGAGUUCUUACAGUACACCUGCUGGCUCACACUAGACCCCAACACAGUGCACCAGGAGCUGACUCUCUCUGGGGGUGAUAGGGAGGUGACUCGGACAGGGGUGAAGCAGAGCUACCCCCCCCACCCAGAGAGGUUCACCUUGAAACGCCAGGUGCUCUGCAGGGAGGCUCUGGCCGGAAGGCGCUUCUACUGGGAGGUUGAAGUGCAGGGGAAGCACGCCAAAAUAGGGCUCACCUACAAGAGCAUCAACAGGACAACCCAGGAUGGGUCAUCUUCGCUUGGCGGAAAUACCAAGUCGUGGAGCCUGGACUGCAAAAAUGGAGCCUACUUCAUUUUCCACAACAACAAAGGACUUCAACUGCGCGUCCCCUACUGCCCAAAAAUAGGGGUGUAUCUGGACCACCCUGCCGGAAUUCUGUCAUUUUACAGCAUCUCUGACAUCAUGACCCACAUCACAAGGAUCCAGACUGUGUUCACUGAGCCAGUAUAUGCUGGGUUUUUGAUCGGGGAACAAUGCACUGUUAAACUGGUUAAACUGGUUAAACUGACACCUAUGAGUGCUGUCACUCUGACCAAUUAA